CUUGAAUUUGUUGUGCAAGUUCCAACCCCAGCCCCCGGACGCGUACAACACCACUGUACAUACAAUCAAACAAGGGGGAAAAAAAAGAAAAGAAAAACUGUUAAAAUCACUCUCGCAAUCACACCGCCGUCAAAAAUUACCGCAACCGAGGCGUCACCCACCGCCGCCACCUGACACUGGACUAACCAUCCACGUGUGAGUUCCAGUGCGUUAAAGUAUUUGCUGAUCCGGUGGGAAAGGGAGGAUUGGAUUCUCAAUUCUGUUUCCUUUCGGUAAGCUGGAAAAGCCAUGCAAAACAGGAUUUAAUCAGCUUUAAAUGCCUCAAGUAUUAGCAAAUCCAAUUACUACAUCAGCACAAGCAGCAAUAUCGCUGGGAAGAAGGCGUGGCUUUAUAGCAAAAGAGAAGGAGAGGAUUGGUGGCUCAGGGAUCAGUAUAGUUAAGGGAGCGGUGGAAUCCGUGUCGGUAUUCGUAACCGUAUCCGUAUCUGUAUUAGUAUCCGAUUCCUCAUCUUCUAGUAAAUCUGCUGGCCUUCCCAAAAUUGCAUCAUCAACAUCUCCAAAAUCCAAAUGUCUAUUUAAGUUGAAGAUGCGAAUUCCCAAGCGUCCUCUUCCUGUUUCCGUCUCCCGCUGCCUUUCUUACCUUUUCUCUCCUCCUCCCGACCUACUACUCUUUUCUUCCUCCUCCUCUUCUUAUCCUUCUUUCUCUACAUUUCUCCAUUUCCAUUCCAGAAUUCUCGCUUCAACUUGUAUUUCUCGUCGUUCUUCUGACGCAGCCAAAUUCCUCCGUCCUAAAGCAGGAAGUAAACAGAUGCAUACUGGCAGUAAAAUGGAUGGGACUGACUUAGAUGGCAAAACUUCAGACUUUGAGAGAACCACCGGCAGAUUUGGUGGUCAGCACCCUCAUAUAUGGUCGUCUCCUGAAGGAGGGCAUAAAAUUGACAUAGGAAAACAAAUCUUCUGCAAUAGAUCUUUAAACAUGAAGAAUAUUGUUGCUGUCGGAUUUGACAUGGAUUACACUUUGGCACAAUACAAGCCCGAGACUUUUGAAUCUCUGGCUUAUGGAGGCACAGUCAGAAAGCUAGUUUAUGAUCUAGGGUACCCUUCGGAGUUGUUGGAAUGGACCUUUGAUUGGAAGUACAUGGUCAGAGGUUUAGUUCUUGACAAAAAGAGAGGCAAUAUUUUGAAGAUGGAUAGACACAAGUAUGUCAAAGUAGCUUACCAUGGAUUUAGGGAGAUGUCAAAGGAAGAUAAAGUUGCUACCUAUGGAAGUACUUUGAUACGGGACUCAUUUGAUGAGCCAGAUUAUGCUCUCAUUGAUACUCUUUUUUCACUGGCCGAAGCCUAUCUCUUUGCUCAGCUUGUGGACUUCAAGGAUAACAAUCCUGGAAAACUUCUGGGCAGGGUAGACUACUCUCAAAUGUACAAGGAUGUUAGAGCUGCAGUGGACCUGUGCCAUCGUGAUGGGACUUUGAAGCAGAUGGUUGCUGAAGAUCCUAAAAGGUAUAUUAAUGAGGAUACUGCAAUUGUUCCCAUGCUCAAGAUGCUUAGAGAGUCUGGACGUGCAACUUUUUUGGUGACAAACAGCCUAUGGGACUACACCAACAUUGUCAUGAACUUCCUUUGUGGACCCAGAAGUGUGGAUGGCUGCUCACCUUUGAGUUUUGAUUGGCUGAGGUACUUUGAUGUGGUCAUUACUGGCAGUGCCAAGCCUGGUUUUUUCCAUGAUGAAGUUCGUGCCAAUCUAUUUGAGGUUGUUCCAGAGUCUGGCAUGCUUCUCAAUACUGAUAAUGGAACGCCUAUGGCUCAGGUAGGAAAUACUUUAUUAAGACUGCCAUCAAACGGUCUGAACAAGAAAUGCAAAGUUUUCCAGGGAGGAAAUGUCGGCCAUCUGCAUAAAUUGUUAUCUAUUGAAUCAAGCUCGCAGGUACUCUAUGUUGGGGAUCACAUUUAUGGAGAUAUCCUACGCAGUAAAAAAGUUCUUGGGUGGAGAACAAUGCUUGUUGUUCCUGAGCUUGAGAGGGAGGUCGAACUUCUCUGGGAAAUAAGGGAUACACGCAAGCAACUUCAGUCGUUGAGGAGUGAGCGUGACCACAUUGAAGAUAAGAUACAUCAUUUGAAGUGGUCUCUCAUGUUUGAACACGUGGAUAUUAACAAGGAAGAGAUGUCAUCUGAGAUUGAAAAACUACAGUCUCUGAGAGAGCAAGUGAGGCUAAGUCACCAACAGGCCCCGGAAUGUCACCAAAAGUUCCAUAAAGCCUGGGGAAAUGAUGAAAACUGGCUAUCAAAUUCUCGCUUUGCGCAUCAGGUGGAGAGAUUUGCUUGCCUCUAUACAAGUCAAGUGACAAAUUUGGGUCUCUAUUCGCCAGACAAAUACUACAGACCGAGUGAAGAUUUCAUGCCCCAUGAAUUUGAUAUCCUCUCUGUGUGAAAGCAUUCUUCACUCUGGAUUAGGUUGACUUGGCUUAUGGGGCUUUAUGGCUUUUGAUGCUUGAAUUGUCUUUUCAUGGCAAUUAAUCUAGGGACGAUAGAAUUCUGUUUUAAGUUAAAGAUCAUGUAAUUUUCUUUCCUGCAAAUUGUGGUGUAUAUGGCAAGGUUGUAAAUAAGUGAUUUUUUUUUUUUUUUUUUUUUUUUAAAGAAAGGGUUCAAGGCAUAUGAGCCCUCCUGUAUUUAGUCGUGUAAGAAAGGUAGGAAUUUUAGCUAGUUGCAUUCCAUCGAACUAAAGCACCCCAUUAAUAAGCGAUUUGUCUCCUAGCAUCAGAAAAACGGUUUUAUUGGUGGCGAUGGAUAUCUCAUCCGAUUGUACUAAUAACAAAGUACUUUAGCAAAAUCAUCAAACAGAGUGCCCGCUGAUAUUAGUGAAAGAAAAUGACUGGCCGCAAAAGCUUCAGAAAGUGGAUUUGAACCCAAGAAGAACAGUGUGCGGGUAUUCUGUACUGUCUAACACGCUCUGAUGCCGUGGAAGUAUCAUUGCAGGGAAUUGCAAUCUCACACAAACAGUCCUACUAGCGGACUUCAUGAACAUAAGCAAUCAACCACAUUGUGCGGCUCCGUCUUCCGUUUCUAUUGUGGUUGGAGUUAAUGGAGGUAUUGCAGGAUGAACAAGCAAUAACAGGACUUCAUGAACUAUCUGCAGGUUUUGCGCAGACUGGCGGUCUAUUGGGAUUAAUACUAUUUGAACUCCUUAUAGGAUUUCCGCAUUUACCACUGAACUUCCAGAGGGUGCCCAUUAUAUUGAUUUGAGUAGGCUCUUAAUGUUUUUCGACGUCGGAGCAAGUGAUUACAAAAGUAGACAAAAUGUUAAGUUUUUGGUUUUUCAUGCAUCAUUAAGAUGAGGAAAAAGCAUCAUAGACUAAGCGUAUAUUGCUUUUAUUGUCUGCAGAAUGUUUUUCCUGCAGAAUGUUGGUCAUUAUCAGCUUUGUUUUGCACAAAUUACUUGAGGAGAAAAAGGAAUAUCUUGAAUUUAAGAAUAACAACUCUCAGAAUGCUGUUUAUAC